CCUGAAGCCAAUUUUUCUGACCGUGUCUACACCGUGAUUGGACAAAAGAAUGCCGUGUAGGACCAACUAGUGCACAUCUUUUUUGCAAUAUAAGCAGAACACAAAGGAGAGCUGGAUCAUAGGACAAACAGAAUAGGAGGCAGAAAUACACAGGGAGAUGGCGAGAGCCUUACCAUGGCAAAUCUUUGCAGCUACCCUGCUGCUAGCAAGCAUCAAGAGCAGCAGAGCGUCCGGGAUGGGGAAACCUGGAUGCAGAGAAACAUGCGGCAACCUCACCAUCCCAUACCCAUUCGGCAUCGGUCAAGGUUGCUUCUACAGUCAAGGGUUUGAUGUUUCAUGUGAGUACAAUCGUGUUUUCAUGGGGAAUUCAAGCAGCCAAAUGGAGAUCUACAACAUCAGCCUGGUAGGAGGACAGGCCCGAGUCAGCACCCUGAUCGCCUCCAAGUGCUUCUACAGCAAUAGCAACAAUACGGAUGGAUGGGCCUCAUCAGGUACUGCUGAUUUCUUUACAAUCUCCACCAAGGCAAACAAAUUAACAGCAGUUGGAUGCAACACCCUUGCAUUUCUGGGAGGCUUUAACGAGCACAAUGUCGGAGCUGGGUGUUUCUCCAUGUGCGCGGACACGCAAAGCGUGGAUCAGAGUGGGCACUGCUCCGGGAUGGGCUGUUGCCAGACAUCCAUUGCACCGAACCUCAGCUCCUCCAACGUAACAUUCGAUGAUAGGUUCGACAACUCUGGGGUGCGUGGCUUCAAUCCAUGCAGCUACGCCUUUGUCGCUGAGCAGGAUUGGUUCAGGUUCGAGGCUUCCUAUCUCGAGGGCAGCAGAUUCACAGAGAAGUUCAGCGACGGGGUCCCUACUGUGCUUGACUGGGUUGCUGGACAUGAACAAUGCGACGAGGCAGUGAAGAACAUUUCAUCGUAUGCCUGCAUCAGCAAGAAUGGCCAUUGCGUCAUGUCACCAAAUGCUACAGGAUAUCUCUGCACCUGCAACGAUGGUUUUGCAGGCAACCCAUACCUGGAAGAAGGAUGCCAAGAUAUCGAUGAGUGUAGUUUACCAGAUCAGUAUCCUUGCUAUGGAACCUGCAGUAAUACGAAUGGGGACUACAGUUGUUCAUGCAAAUCUGGGACUCAAAGUAUAGAUCCAAAGAGAGAGACCUGCAAACCAAUUGCAGUUUCAGAAAGAGCUAGAUUAACAAAAAUGUUCAUAGGUAUUUCAGCAUGUGCUAUGCUUCUCCUUAUCUGCACUUCUGCGCUGCUCAUUGAAUGUCAGAAGAGAAAGCUAAAAAAAGAAAAGGAGACAUUCUUCAAGCAAAAUGGGGGUCUGCUAUUAUAUGAGAAAAUCAGGUCUAAACAAGUUGAUACAGUGAGAAUAUUCACACAGGAAGAACUAGAGAACGCAACAAACAAUUUUGACUCGAGCAGAGAACUAGGAAGAGGAGGCCAUGGAACUGUUUACAAGGGAAUUCUCAAAGACAGCAGAGUAGUAGCCAUAAAGCGCUCAAAGGUUAUGAACAUGGUCCAAAAAGAUGAGUUUGUGCAAGAAAUGAUUAUACUUUCGCAGAUAAACCACAGGAAUGUGGUAAAGCUUCUAGGCUGUUGCUUAGAAGUGGAAGUUCCAAUGUUGGUCUACGAAUGCAUCCCAAAUGGCACCCUAUUCGAGCUGCUACAUGGUAAAAACAGAAGGCUGCCUAUUUCACCGGACGCUCGUCUCAGGAUAGCUCAGGAAUCUGCAGAAGCACUAGCAUAUCUGCACUCAUCAGCAUAUCCUCCCAUAGUUCAUGGAGAUGUAAAAUCUCCAAAUAUUCUCUUAGGCGACAACUACACGGCAAAAGUGACUGACUUCGGAGCAUCGAUAAUGCUUACUACGGAUGAAAUACAGUUUAUGACACUGGUACAGGGAACCAUAGGUUAUCUGGACCCUGAAUACUUGCAAGAGCGUCAACUAACAGAGAAGAGUGAUGUUUAUAGUUUUGGAGUUGUGCUCCUAGAGCUAAUUACGAUGAAGUUUGCAGUUUAUUCGGAUAGUGCUGGAGAAAAGAAAAACCUCGCAUCAACUUUCCUUCUGGCAAUGAAACAGAACGGACUUCAGUUCAUCUUGGACAAUAAUAUACUGCAGUUUGAAACAGAGCUGCUCCAAGAAGUUGCUCAACUGGCAAAGCGUUGCUUGAAUAUGAGGGGGGACGAACGGCCAUUAAUGACAGAAGUCGCUGAGAAGUUGAAGUCAAUACGAAGCUCCUGGAAAAAACAAUUGAUUCAGAAUCCUAGCAAGGAAACUGAAUGUUUGCUUGAGAACUCAUCACACUAUGACCCUUCUAGCACUGGACAGCACGGAAGUCUGAUGGCACUAGAUUUAGAAAGUGGUAGAUGAUAUAUUGUAGCGGAGAUUGAAUUUAAUAGUUCGUCGCACAAAUAUCAUGUAAGAAUCUAGCUUGGUUGCAAUAUGCUUGUACGGUGACAUCUAGCUUAA